GGAGCAGAGCAUCCCUCCUGAAGGCUAAAAGUUGUUCAUGCGGCAGUUGGGGAAUUGUUGAUGUGCGAAAUGGAAGCAACCUGUAAAUCUUCAUUUGAGAAGGGUGAUGUGAUUAUUGUUGGCGGUGGUCUGUCUGGCCUGGCUGCUGCCAAAGUCCUCAAAGAGGCUGGACUACAAGUGGUUGUUCUGGAGGCUCGGGAUCGAGUUGGUGGAAGGACCUACACUGUUCAAGGUCCCGAGUUUCAGUAUGUAGACCUUGGUGGAGCAUAUGUUGGCCCGACUCAGAAUGGCAUCUUGAAACUUUCUAAAGAACUGGGAGUGCAGACCUACCUCGUAAAUGAGAAGGAGAAACUCAUACACCAUGUGAAGGGAAAAACAUACCCUUUCCGAGGAUUAUUUCCGCCAGUUUGGAAUCCAAUUGCUUACCUGGAUUACAAUAACCUGUGGAGAACUAUAGAUGAAAUGGGAGAGAAGAUCCCUGCUGAAGCUCCAUGGACAGCAGCUCAGGCUGUUCAGUGGGACAACAUGUCAAUGAAGGAGCUCUUUGACAGACUUUGCUGGACAAGGGUAGCCAGAGAUUUUGCAACCCUUUUCAUCAAUGUAAAUGUAACGUCAGAACCACAUGAAGUCUCAGCACUCUGGUUCCUAUGGUAUAUCAAGCAAUGUGGUGGCACCAAAAGGAUUUUUUCCACCUCAAAUGGAGGUCAGGAAAGAAAAUUUAUUGGUGGAUCUGGACAAAUCAGUGAGCGAAUUGCUGAGUUACUUGGCAGCUGUGUGAGACUUAAUCAGCCUGUUAUAAAAAUCUGCCAGAAAGAUACAGCGGUCUUUGUAGAAACAAUGAGUGGGGAAAAAUACGAGGGUUCCUAUAUAGUUAAUGCUGUUCCACCUGGCUUGACAAUGAAGAUACACUAUGACCCCCAAUUGCCUUCUGUAAGAAACCAGCUUAUCCAAAGAGUUCCAAUGGGGUCCAUCAUUAAAUGUAUGAUGUAUUACAAGCGCCCAUUCUGGAAAGAAAAGGAUUACUGUGGAACUAUGAUGAUUGAAGAUGAAGAUUCUCCCAUAUCAAUGACUCUUGAUGAUACAAAACCUGACGGAUCAUAUCCAUGUAUUAUGGGAUUUAUCUUGGCCAGGAAAGCUAGGAAAUUCAUCCAGCUGAGCAAGGAAGAGAGGAAGGUUAAGGUCUCCGAAAUUUACGCAAAAGUUCUUGAUUCUGAGGAGGCACUCCAUCCUGUUCAUUACGAAGAAAAAGACUGGUGUGGGGAACAAUACUCUGGAGGCUGUUACACUGCUUAUUUUCCACCAGGAACGUUCUGUCAGUUUAGCAGAGUGCUGAGACAGCCAUUUGGAAGACUGUUCUUUGCAGGAACAGAGACAGCCACCAAGUGGAGUGGAUACAUGGAUGGGGCAGUGCAGGCUGGAGAGAGAGCUGCCAAGGAGGUGCUACACGCAAUGGGAAAGAUUCCUGAGUCUGAAAUUUGGAAGGAGCACCCAGAAUCCCAGGAUGUUCCAAGUCGUCCUAUUAAAUCAACUUUCUGGGAGAAACAUUUGCCAUCAGUUCCUGCUUUCUUUACAAUUCUGGGGCUCUCUACUGCCUUUACAGCAGCAGUUCUCGGAAUUGUGACAUUAAAGAAAACCUCAAAUGUUGUUUUACAGUAAUUGCCAAAUUGCUCUACCAAUUAUUGUGUUCAUGUUGGUUAAACUCAUGCUGUUCUAAGUUGGUGCAUAGCACUCUCAGAAUGAAUAAAUCCUUUCAUUUUCAAAAUGAUGUUUAAGGAAUGCUGCAGGGGUGGCCUUUGAUAAACAUUCUUUGAAGAGAUAGAAAUGUAAAAUUUUCAUAAACAUAUUGAGCCACGUAAUGCCAUUUAAUGUUAAAUUACACUUUGCAGCUUUCAUAGACUCCUUUGAAACUGUACAGAUUCACACAUCCUCAUUGUUUCAGCUUCAGAUUAAUUGUUAUAAAUAUUCUUCCACCACAUUUGGCUGAGUGUUAAAGCCUCAGCACCACCAUUUUACCAAUCUGCUUGACUGUACUGUUACUCAGACUCAAACACUGGAGCUUUCUGGUUUCUUCACCCAGCCUGUUUCUGCCUGUUAGCAUAAUAAAGUUAUGAAUCAGCAAUAGGCAGUCAAGCGAUUUCUGUCAAAUGUUUAACAUAAUGUUCUAACACCGGUAGUCUUGGCAAGUCGUAUGGCCAAGUGGCGAAGGGCUGUUAAACCAGAGGUUUACUGAUUUGAAUUACCCAACAGGUUCCUCAUAUCCCCCAGAUUUUAAAAAUAUUUUAAAUAUCUGUUUCUGCAGCUUUAGGUAUGAGCGUGCAAUGGAAACACUGGUUAUUAAACUUUCACUGAUGCUUAGGUUUAUUGUCCCAAUGAUCCUGCUGGAUUUCAAAGCUGCAGAAAGUAAGAAAGAGAAGAUACCAGACUAGAAAUUGCAGAGACAAAGGUGUUGUAUCCUAGGAUUUUACAAGAUACAGACAUGAAGAUCUAUGUGAAGUAAGCAUCAUCACUUAUUACUCAUUCCCCUACCCAAGAACACCCUGAGCUGAGCUGUUGAUGAUGGCCGUUGAAUCUACCAGUGUGAUGGGGAGUUUAAGAUGGUGCAGCGAUACAAAAACAUUUGCAUCAAAUGUCAUCUAUCUAUACAUUUCCUGAAGUUCAUUCCCGGAGGUGGUGCAGGAUUUUUAUUACAAACAAAUGUCUAGAUUAGAAACAAUAUAUUGCUGCUGAAGUAAAUUCUUGCUUAUGCAAAAUAUUUUAGCUAAUUCGCUUUUUAACAUUAGAUGAGAACAGGCCGUUCAGCCCAACAAAACUCACCAGUCCUAUCCACUUAAUUCUUCCCAAAUAACAUCCAGUCUAGUUUUGAAUGUUCUACCCUCCCUAAAGUCCUAAUCCUUAAAGGUUGCUUCAUUUGUAUUCACUGUUUUGACUGCUUUUUAAUUUCUAAAUCAGUUGAUAAUUAACAAUGAAAAUGCCACUGACAAAGCAAACAGCAGCUCACCACGUAAUUUGUUCCCAUUUACACGUGUGUUCAUCCUGAAGUAUCUGUUUUAAUAAAAUAUGUGUAAAGAAAUGGAAGAGAAUAAGUGAAGGGCCAAAAAUGAAUAACAUACACCAGUCCACAAAUCAAUUGGAUGACAAAAGAAAAAUCUGCAAUAUAAGAAUGACCUGACGUGACAGAACAUGAACAUAAACCGGAAGUAGAAUGAAAGAGCAAGUUCCGUUACCUGGAGAAAAAUAAGAAAUUGGGUCAGAGCAAAAAAGCUUCAAACGCUGCAGCCCUUCAAGACCAAACCUGAAGACCCCUUCUGUGUAGGAUGACAGAGGCAGGAGCCAAUUUUGGAGGGAGUGCAAAUUCAUCACUCUCUCAGAGCAAGCCGAUGGAACCAACCUUAUUUGUGGGAGGACUGCCAUGAAAAUCUGGAGACAGCAUUUCAUUUGAGUAAAACUGCUUAUAUGUGAGGUUUGGUAGGACAUUUAACAGUAAAACAUUAUUUGAUUGCGUGCUUUCAUCAGAUUUGUUUCUGAUGGUUAAAAACUGAGGUGGGUUUUGUAGCUCAAGAAAUAAGCAGAAUGCCUUACCAAAAGUCUGGCUUUCAUUAAUUCAAUUACGUCACAUGUUCAACAACUAUAACAGAUAUUAUUAUUAAGAAUCCAGCAGUUUUAAGGUUGAGGUCUUGCACCCUUAGUGAAAUACUAAAAAAAGAUCCUGAGAAGUGCUUGUGUACAUUAAGUGUUUCCUGGUCUGUAGAAACGUCAGUUUAUGAGUGCUAAUAUGUUCUUACUGUGCUGAGCUGUACUGUACUGAAUGUGCUUGAUUAUAAGUCCUUCAUAAUCCAUGGUAAAUUAUCAGCCCGGUAUGUUCAUAACGAUGAACCUCUCUAACAUAUAUGGGGGUAUCAAGUAUUGCUUUAUCACAAGAUGCUUUUACAAUAAAGGAACAAUUUUA